AUGAUAUCCUCAAAUCCUACAUCGACACACCCCGGUCACCAUCGCCGUCAACUCUCGCAGCCCUUUGAAGCCGCACCAGCAACACGCACUAUGUCCGGUGCUCCGUCUUAUCGCGCCCAUCGUCGUGGGCAGACCGUCGACUAUGCUGCCCUUGGUCCUCAAGUUGCCUCAGCCAACCGAAUCACCCGACGUGCUGCGCCAAAGACAGUCCCAGAGCUGCGGGACUAUUUUAACGAAAAAUCAGGUUUCUCUCACCAGUCUGCCGCUGCCCAUCAGCUCCCAGCGCAUAUGCGCCAAGCUACGCAACCUUUCUCGCAAAGCAGUGCUCCCGUACAGAGCUCCUACAACACAAUGUCCUACAUGCUGAGCGAGGAAGAGCUACAAACUAUGUACGGCGCAGCGACAACUGAUGCCUCGUCCAACACAUAUGCUCCGGCCCUCUCAAGGUCUGCUAGUGAUAACGCAGGAAAGACGCCUUCAGUGCAGAACGCCUUGUAUCAUCUCCAGCAGGAACGCAGCUUCCCAAUGGCCAAGAGAGAAGAUGCUUCAUUGUAUCAGUGGUCGGACCAUCAGCCUAUUGUUCAACCAAAGGCUAUCUCUCCCAAGAUGAACCCUUUCCAUUCUUACACAUCCCCCCUUACCCCCGAUGCGACUCCCAUGAAGGCCUCGUUUGAUUUCCCUAUGUACCACAAUGACCAAACCCCUACCAAGUCCCAAAGUUUCUCUAUUCCCCGAACCCCCGUCAGUGCAGCCAUGCAGAGAGCCCAAUCCCUGCAGGGCGUACCAAUUUCAAGUCCUCUUCACGUUAAGUACCAGAUGGCUUCCCCCGCAGACUCCGUUUCCAUCGCCUCUUUUACUGAGCUGGCUGCUAUGCCCUCUCCAAGCUCCCGUGGUGUGUCACCUCAUAGCUUCGACGAAGCUGCCACCACGCCAUCUACCAGCCAGCACCAGCUUGGCAGCUCCCCUGGAUCUCCUUUCGAAGACUCUAUUCCAGAGCUCCCAGAAGGCGUGGAUGAGUAUGACCUGGAUGCCCGCGUGAAGGCAUCAGUACGUGAGACUGGCGUUUCCAAUGACCAAAUCACCAAGUAUAUUUCUGGUCCCAAUACCGAUGGCAAAUGGCAGUGCCUUUAUCCGAGCUGCAAUUGCGAGUUUGGACGAAAGGAGAAUAUCAAAUCCCAUGUGCAGACCCACCUUGACGAUCGCCCUUACAAGUGCGAUGUUUGCGAGAAGGAGUUCGUCCGAGGUCAUGACCUGAAACGCCACCUGAAGACCCACACCGGUAACAAGCCCUACAUUUGUGCCUGUGGAGCCCGUUUUGCGCGACACGAUGCCUUGACCCGCCACCGCCAACGCGACAUGUGCGUGGGCGGCAUGACUGGCAAUAUCCCCAAGACCACCCGUCGAGGACGUCCACCAAAGAAGAACCGCCCAGACAUGGAUACUCGCCAGGCCAAGUCUACUCGCACUCGCCAACGUGCCGUUGAUCGAGCCAUGCCUUCUUCGCCAGUCCACUACGAGGCUGCUCUCCAGCAGAACGGUCCUGUUUUCACGUCUCCAAAUUACGCUCCAUCCAACGCCACUUCCGCUUACACCCCGCCAGCUUCUCCUGGUGAAAGUAUCGAUAACACUGUCUCGUCCCCCACCACGAUUGGACAUCAAGUCCCAUCCAAGUUCGAAGAUGAUAUGCUUCCCGCGCCGUUGUCGCCUCCUCAGCUUGCCCACGCUCGAUAUGAACAAGCGAUGGCCCAAUACAACCCAAACAUCAUGAUGGAUUCAUCGCAGGAGUACCUGUAUAGUGACUCGCCGCUCACCCCUCACGACAUGUCCUCGCCUCACACCGCCCCAACCCUUGCCGAAUCAUCCGUUGGGUCAGAGAUCGAUCUGUUCAUGACCCAAGAUCCCUCUGAGCAGGUCAAGGAGGAAUUUGGCACGCUUACUACUCAAAGCUUGGUCGAUUUCUCCAACCCGUAUUAUGUGGAUUCAUCCGAUUUUCCCACCUCGUCAUUCUAUCCCGACCUACCUGGGAAGCCGUUCUCCGGUCUUGACGUCCUUGAUGACCCAUACGCGGACCCAAUUGACACUCUGUCCAACGAGUUCUUGGUUGACCCUUAG